AUGGCUCGCGUUUCAAGAAUCCUCACCACGGCGGCUGAGCCACCAGCGGCGGUGAACGUGGAGUCGGACUUUGUGGUUAUAUUAGCAGCUCUUCUAUGUGCAUUAAUAUGUGUGGUGGGGCUUAUUGCGGUGGCUCGUUGUGCCUGGAUCCGCCGUGUUACCGGGGGCGCCGCCGGUGGGUCACCGUCUCUGGCCAAAGCUAACAAGGGUGUGAAGAAGAAGAACCUCCAGCUGCUCCCCAGGUUCACUUACUCUGCUGAAGGUUGCAGCGGAGAGGGUGGUGGUGCCACCCCCAAGUUUGGAUCAACAGAGUGUGCAAUUUGCUUAGGUGAGUUUGUUGAAGGAGAUGAAGUGAGGGUUUUGCCUCAGUGUGCUCAUGGGUUCCAUGUUGUAUGCAUUGACACGUGGCUUGGGUCUCAUUCCUCUUGUCCCUCUUGUCGUCAGAUUUUGGUGGUGGCUAGGUGUCAGAAAUGUGGUCAGUUUCCUGCUUCCUCCUCCUCCUUCUCCGCCUCUUGUGAUGGUGGAGCUGACACCGAGAUUGAGUUGAGCACUGUAGAAGAUAGAAAUGCCAAUAAUUGUAAUACCAAUCACGCCCAUGAUGCUAGCACUUUCUUGCCUUGA